AUGGACCGCCGCCCGCUACAAAUCGUGUCCUGGUGGCUCGUUUUCUUUUAUUCACUUUCCACAAUCACAGAAGGUCGGCUGGGUAAGAGCCGCGGCUCAGGAGCGUCACACCCUCGCGCUUUGCUCGGAGCAUACGGGGGAUUUCAGCCUCAGCUGUCGGCCAUGAAGCAGCAGCAGCAAAGUGAGGAGCUCAGUGUUCAGCCUCCAUCAGUCGUGGUAAAGUGCCACCCGGAUUUUAUGGAGGUUGUGGUGCAGUCAGACAUGUUUGAUAAAGGCAUAAAGGUGGACGGUGCACACCUUAAACUGGGUUUAAACUCUCCGAGUGAUGCGACUGAGUGCGUAGCGGUCCAGUCAGGAGAGGAGGAGUUCAGCCUUCUGACCCGGUUUACUGACUGCGGGACCAAGCUUUCUUCUACAGAAGAGAAGAUCAUCUAUUCCAACGUUCUGACCUACUCUCCGAGACCUUCGCCUGAUGGAUUGCUCAGACUGGAUGAUGCGGCUGUACCAGUUGAAUGUCAUUUUGACCGGAGGUAUUCUGUAGAUGGCAUCUCCUUGUAUCCCAUCUGGGUUCCUUUUGUCUCCAUAGAUUCAGCUGAUGACCAGAUAUAUUUCAAUAUGCAAAUUAUGAAUGAUGAUUGGAUGUCUGAAAGGGGAUCUUACGUAUUCUUUGUUGGUGAUCCCAUUUACUUUGAAGCAUCUAUCGUCAUGGGUCACCACAUGCCUCUUCGAGUUUAUGUUGACCACUGUGUUGCCACAGCAACCCCUGAUACAGAAGCAUCUCCACGAUAUGAUUUCAUUGAGCAUAACGGAUGUCUUGUUGAUGCUUACCUGACAAACUCCAAAUCUCACUUCUUGCCAAGAAUUGAGGAGCACAAGCUGAGAUUCCAGCUAGAUGCCUUCAGAUUUUACCAGGAACCCAGCAACCAGAUUUACAUAACCUGUUCUUUGAAAGCGGUUCCUGUCACUCUGCCUGUCAACUCUCAAAACCGGGCAUGCUCUUUGGUUGGAAACCGGUGGAAGUCAGUGGAUGGAACUGACCAGGCAUGUAGAAGCUGUGAUGUCUCACAGCGUUUUGAGGAACCUCAAACCACAAAACCUCCCAAAACUGCCACCAGCACCAAAGCGAGGCCCAUCAUUCCUUCAACACAAGAUUUAUUCCGGAGUAAAGCUGAACAUUACACAGCUAAUUACUUGAAUUUCCAACCAGGAACGUAUAAGAGGCAACAGAGAAAUUCAGACCACAAAGAUUACAAAUCUGCCCAACUGGGACCUGUGUUUGUGCUGCCAUCCAGAAAAGAAUCGGGUUCUAAAGAAUCAAACUGA